CUGCUGCAGCAGAUGAUCGACAUCGCCAUCGACGGCUUCCUGCUCACCCCCGUCCAGAAGAUCUGCAAAUACCCCCUGCAGCUGGCAGAGCUACUGAAAUACACCACUCCAGAGCACAGCGACUACGAGAACAUCACGGCAGCCUACGAGGCGAUGAAGAACGUUGCCUGCCUUAUUAACGAGAGGAAGAGGCGUCUGGAAAGCAUAGACAAGAUUGCACACUGGCAGGUCUCCAUCGUGGGCUGGGAGGGUGAUGAUGUUUUGGGCCGAAGUUCUGAACUGAUCCACUCCGGAGAGCUCACCAGAACCUCGAAGCAAGGCAAGACACAGCAGAGGACCUUCUUUCUGUUCGACCACCAGCUCAUCUACUGCAAGAAGGACAUCCUGAGACGAGACAUGUUCUACUACAAGGGACGCAUGGACAUGGACCAGAUGGAGGCUUUGGACGCCGAGGACGGCAAGGACAAAGACUUCAACGUCAACGUGAAGAACGCCUUCAAGCUCCGGAACAGAGCGACGGAGGAAGUGAGCCUGUUCUGCGCCAGGAAGCCGGAGGAGAAGCAGAGGUGGCUGCAGGCCUGUCGAGAUGAGCGGAAGAGGGUUCAGGAGGAUGAGGAAAUGGGAAUGGAAAUAUCAGAGACCCGGAAGAAGCAAGCCAUUGUGAAUGCCAGACAGUCGAGACGAGGAAAGAUGAAAGGUAUGAGCUACAAUGGCUGCCCAGUGCCCCCCCCGCACCAGUCCCUGCACCCCCUCCACCAGCGCCACGUCACCGUGCCAACCAGCCUCCCCCAGCAGCAGGUCUUCUCCCUGGCCGAACCCAAGCGCAAGCACGGCCCCUUCUGGCAGACCUUCACCAAGCUCACGGCCUUCAAGAAGUGAGGAGGAGGAGUCGGGGGCGGGACACCCCCCCAGGGGCGGGGCUCUUUCUACAUGAAGGCAGGGUCCAGCAUCGGCCUGUGGGACUCCACCCGCGGCUCACUCACAGGUGCGAAGGACAAAGCCUUUGCCUCCGAUAGCUGUCGAUUUGAAGCCAGGAGCAGAACUCCAGUAUAAAGCUUUACAAAAGAAAAAGUGCUUGGAAGUAAACUUUCACUCGUGUACUUUUAAAGUGUGCUAAUGAUGAGCAAUGUAAAUAUAUAUGUAUAUAUGUAAUAUACAGAGGACUGUAUGUAUGCUGUGCUGAGCAAAGCUUACACGUGUCUUAUAUGUACUACCGCCGUAUCUUCCUUUAAAGGCUGGCUCCUUUUUAGAGCUCUUGAAUAGAAUCCAGCCCAUUUCAACCUGUCCCCAAGUUCAAACGAGAAGCACAGUUCAGAGGACUGCAAGCAUGUAUGGACUUUCCUGUAAGCACAGAUUCAUGACGUUUUCACAGGAGACAUUCCCAUAUGGUACAAUGGGGCCAAACCUACCCCACCCCCCAUCACUCUUGCAGACAUUAAUAUGUACAGGGGGUAUGAUGACAGGACGUGCAUUUGACUGAGGAUUCACAGUUGAGUUCUGGACUGCAAAACAGCAUUUUAUUUUUGUCCGUAAUGUUGUUGUUUUUUUCUAAUAACAAAGCCUUACUGUAUUUUUUUGUAGUCUGUAUUAAAUGCAGCAUUUCUUUUGAUGUAUAACUUGUGGCAUUUGACUGCGCCUGGUGUAUUGAAGCAAAUGAAGAAAGCAUCCCUCUAGUCAGGUUGACGACGGCCUGUACAAACUACUGUUGUUGUUGUUGUUGUGAUUUUUAGGCCGAGUUCAAGGAGUGUAACGGAAACCCUUGUGACCUGCAGACGGGAGGCCCAUGGCCCCUUCUUACUUAACUCUCUUAUUUUAUCCUCACAGUUUUGUGAAAGUGAAAAGGGAUGUUUUAAAGCUUUAAAGGUUCAAACAAGUGCUUAUGUACCCUUUUCCAGAAAGCCUGCGGUCUCGGGUUGAGUCGGUAGCCGCUCCCUCAGUGUCACUGUUGACGAGCACAUCUUUGUGAUGCAGCUAUGUACAAUGAUCAGCUGAAUUGGACCCCUCUAGUAGUUUUCUUGCUACCUCUCUGAAGAGUCUAGUUUAGGCAGCGCACACUGUAUUCUCAAGGUUCAAUCUUAUUUUUUUUAAAGGCAGAAUUAUUGCUCAUCGAUUUGGAGUACUCCAGAACAAAUGUCAGAACCACGUACCGAACUGCCUGGGGUCUGUUGGUAGCUGCGUUUUAUAGUUGGAGCUGUUUUUAAGUAUUAACUACACUGUAUGAGUCUGUAAGACUAUAGGGGACCUGUACUUGCAUGUGUUUUAUCAGAUACAAACAUGGUGCAAUUUAUUUUUUGGAGCGUUUUGAAGAGUGAAGUGCUUCCUCAGCAGUAGAUGAAACCACUGCUCAGGCUGAUGGUCAGGUGUAGCCAUGCCUUGCCUUUGCUGAUUAACACAGGCACUGCUCAGAAACACAUGGGCUGUGUUACAACGUACUGCUGCAGAUGAUGGCUGCAUGUACACCUUUACUGUGUGCUCUUGGCUCUUAAAUGGCUGUGUAUUGCUCUGCUUUUUUACAGUGCCUAGAGCACUCAUUGCAGUGCCCUCAGAGGGGUGAAAUGUCACUGCAGAUGUUAAAUUGCUCUGACAUCGUUGCAGGAAAUGUAGCCUGUUGCUCAAGUUCAGGAUCUCAUCAUAAGAAGAACAAGGUGCUAAUAAAGCCACUGCAUUCUCCUUUUUUUUUUUUUUUUAGCAGUGGAGCUUGCUGUAAAUUGCCAACCCUGUUUUUGUUUGUAUUUAUUUUGUUCCAUGCCUGUGUGCUUGCGCAGUGUGCUGCGAGUUCAGUUUGAUCUGACGUGGAGUCAGUGCUGUGUGUUAAACUAUGGAGGGGUGCAGCUUCUUGAAUAGCACAGUGACUCCUAGUGGUUUAAGAGAAUACCUUGCAAGCUGUGCUGUGUAUGGUUAGUCAUGAACGACCUUUGUAAGCCAAAGGGCAGUUGCCAUGGAAACUCCUUUACGGCCAUGACCCUUCUAUUUUGAUAUUUCUGGCAUCCAGUUUAAAAGUACCUCUGGAAUAUUAUGUAGUAUAUCUAUACAUAUAUAACAUUGUUGUGUAAAUAUUAUGAAUUUGUAUGUCUUUAUUUGAUAUAUUUUGUCAUGGCCGGAUUAUCUUUUUUCUUUUUGUGUGUGUGUUUUUGUGACAAACUGACUAUUUGUACGUGCAAAUGCAUUUUGACAGUCUUGUAUGUGUAGCUAAGCAUGCACGAGUGGCUGGCAUGAUAAAGGAAGAGGCUUCAGAGCCCUGUGAGCAGUCUGUCCACAGCUGAAGCAUGCAUUGUACAGUUAUUGUGACUGUGUCUAUUUAUGAAGACCAUCCUGUUUCCUGUCUUUGGAAUCAAAAUAAUCUAUUUUGUUGAAAUAAAUACCAUCCUUAUUCAAUUCAA